AUGAACAACUACGCUAAUGCUAACGGAGUUGGAAAUCGAGAUGGGGACGGAGACGGAAACCAAGGUCACCAGAUCCCUGAACACCUUCUGCGAGUCGCACCGAGGCCUCGCAACGUGACGUUCACAUUGACUGGAAGGCAACUUGAAAUACUGUACGUGAGAUGGGAUGCUGCGCGAAUCCGCGUGCACCAACAAAUCUACAACCCCAACCUACCUUUUCAACCCUACCCUCUGCCUCCGGCCUGGUCAGAAGAAGCGCGCGCGAUGAUGGUGCUCUGGAUCGCUAGGGAGCGCCGGAUGUUUGAGAUGGAAAUGCAGGAGUUGGAGUAUUUGCUGGGACUUAGAGGUGCGCGUUAG